UUCAUAACUCUUCUCACUCUGAAUCUAGUCCCAAUAAGCUUGCCUCCUUCAUUACCCUUCUCCCUCUUAGUCCCAAUUAGGAUUAGCAACUUAGUGUGCUCCAGAGAGGCAUGGAUGUGGCAAGUGGUCUCUUAAUUAUGCUCUUGGUCGCUCCGGCCGUCUAUGCCAUAGAUUACACAGUGGGUGAAAGUGCUGGCUGGAACCAAGGUGUGGACUACAACGCAUGGGUUUCUGGAAAGACUUUCAAUGUCGGUGACACACUCUUGUUUCAGUAUGGACCGACUCAUACCGUGGACAUGGUGAGCAGCAGCGAUUACCAAAAUUGCUCAACAAGCAGUCCUCUUAAUUCCUACAGCAGUGGAAAAGACACAAUCACCCUUAAUUCAACAGGUACAACGUACUUCAUAUGCCCAACUACAUAUCACUGCUUCCAAGGGAUGAAACUAGCGGUCACCAUCGCUGGCAACGCCUCAGCUCCAUCCUCCACACCCACAUCGUCACCCUCCUCCUCCACCACCUCCAAUUCGCUGUCUCUGCAAAUCAGAUUGGCCGGAAAUUCGUGUAACAACAUCUGUGCUCUGCUUCUUGGGCUUGGGGUUUCCCUUGUCUAUUAUGCACUUAUGGGCUAG